UAUAAAACAAGCCUUUCUAUGUUAUCUGAGGGCGUUCGGCAUGUCUUGUCGUUUGAACUUCGGCAAGGCGCGGGCUGCUCCCUUAAGGCCGCGAAAUGUGUGUGUUGAAUUGAAAUCGUCGAUACAAGUACACGUAUUUGCACAGAAAAACUAAGUAGAUAUGACAGUUAGUGGCGCAACGACGUCAAUGUCAGCGUUAACAGGGCUCCAAAUCGUUUGCAGCAACAGUCGGCAGCAGUUGAUGGCAGUGGUAGCAGAGCGAAAAGCACCAACGAGUCGUUUUUAGUAUCAGUUGUAUGUUUGGAUUGCUUGCGUUUACGUAGGACUGUCUCUCGGCAACUGCGGUUCGGUAUCUAUUUAAUUUAUUCACAAGUGUAAAUUGCUGAGUCUAGUAAACGUUGUUGGCAAGGAAACACACAUAUACGUAUAUAGCGUUGUGUUCGUCACAAAUACCACUCGGAACAGUAGAAGAUGCCAACACUGUGAUUACUAUUUGAAAUUGUUUUGAGCAUAUUAAUAUUUUGAAGGAAACAAAAAAGAAAAAGCUUCAACUGAAAAGCUUGUAAAUACAACAAAAACAAUAACAAAUCGUUUGUAGUAUAUGUAAGUACUAUAUAAAAAUCAAGACCGCCGUAAACCGCCGAAACAAUAAGUUAACAAGAUAACAAAAACAAAAAACUACAAAUCUUCACUUAUACCAAACAAAAAUAACAAAACAGCUAGGAAAGGAGUAAACGAGCAACAACAAUUGUCCAAUUAAUUCUUAUCCAAAUUGUUACCGUAACGGCUAGUCAAACAAUGGGGUCAAAGCUGCGGUAGCACAUCAAUUGAAGCCAAAGCCAAGCGAACUAAUGAACUAAUUAACCAAUGAAACAAAGUCAAACCAACUGUAGCCAAUAAAUGCAUGAGAAUUGUAACACCAACAACUGUAAUAACGAAAACAAAACAAAUAUGCAUGUUAUGAAAAAGUGGAAUUGAAUUUAAUGGAAUUAUCACGCGUGACUAUGCGUUUACAUAGAAGCCAAAGCGAUUCCCUCUUAUUUUUCGCUUUGCCACACAAAACUAUUUGCUACUCAUUUUGACUUAAUUACGAAAUACAACUAUCUCAAAAAUUAGCCCACGCCAUAGCUUGCGAAAAAAUAAGCGAUUUUGAAACAAGUUGAAAAGAACAGGCAUUUUUUUAUUGUAAGCCACUACAACCACAAUCACAAACGCUAUCACUGUCUUUUUUCGCCUCUGCCAGCUUCCCAAUACUAUAUAGGUACUAUACGAUUCGUAGAACAUCUCGUAUUUCCACUGAACGAAAGUGAAAAGCAAUCAUCAGAAUAAUACAUAAAGUUACAGUUAUUACAAAAUUACACCAGAAUAAUACAAAAAGUUACAGGAAGUAACAAGAUCCAGACGAUAAUUCAAAAUGACUUCGCCACCGGAAAGCCCCAUUGAGGAGGUUGUCUUCGAAUUGGAACACACUCGAGUGCCUAAGCCGAUUAAUGUAACUAUCGAAGAUUUGUAUCGCGAGACGAAAUUCUCAAAACAAGAAAUACGAAUUAUGUAUCGAGGAUUUAAAACGGAAUGUCCCGAAGGUGUUGUCCAUGAAGAAUGUUUCAAGGAGAUUUACGCCAAAUUCUUUCCACAUGGCAACUCCAGUUUAUAUGCUCACCAUGUGUUCCGGACUUUCGAUAUAAACAGUACUGGUUCCGUGAACUUUCGGGACUUUCUCAAUAUUCUUUCUACACUUUUGCGCGGUACAGUUUACGACAAAGUCAAGUGGACCUUUAAAUUGUACGAUGUAAAUGGCGAUGGCCGGAUAACACGUGGCGAAAUGAGCGAUUUGUUCCAUUCCAUACACGAGCUAAUGGGUCGACGGCCGCAUCAGCCGGAGGAAGACCGAAAAGCCAAAGAACAGUUGGAACGCACUUUCCGUUCAUUUGAUCCGCACAAUGUCGGCUAUAUUAAUUUCGAGAUGUGGAUGAAGGGUUUGCUGACCAAUCGAACCAUUGUGAACUCAUUUCAUGUAUUUCACUCGGAUCCUUGAUGGUCGGAGAGUGACUUCGAGAGCAUUUUGAAUAAUCAAGAAGUUAUAUCGCUGAUAGAUCUUUGAGACAGCAAGAACAAUAACGGCAGGAGCACACGUAAGGCCAGCGCAAGUUCACAGACGAGUAAACCGUUAGACAAAAAUAAAAAGACGUAAAAUUGCGAGCAGAAGUUCCAGUUUGUGGAAAAUUAAAUUCGUUUUAGCGAAAAGAAAGUCCAUGAAAAGGCGUAAAAUCAGGUGUAUUUGUAGGCGUGUAGUGCAUAUAUAUAUAUAUAUAUAGUAUUUAACAGUUAGUAAGCUUCAGAUUGCGAAUAUCAUUAAAGAGCGAGUAUUGUGAAAGAAAUGCUAAAAGAAGUGUCACAACUGAGUCGUACACAAAAUGAAAAUAGCCUUAAAAUAUCCCAAAGAGCUAUUUAAUGCUCCAAUUAGUCAUAUUACAUACAACAAAAGUGUGUGUUAUAAAAAAGUGUAAAAUAAGUGAGGCACAGCAUUGCUAGCAUUGACAUUUGACACUGUUAGGCGUACAAAUUGUUGAUGCUUUCAAGUUCUAUUUUCAUUAUAAAGUUUCAGUAUUUUAUAAUUAGCUUUACAACUUUUCUGUGUUGCUCUAAACGACAAGCUCUUUCGGUUUAAGAGUGAAUUGA